AUGCAUCUAUACAACCUAACGCUGCAGCCCCCGGCGGCAGCUACGCAAGCUAUCGUUGGUAAUUUUUCUGGCGCUCGAACUCAGGAAAUCAUCAUCUCCCGUGGCACUCGACUGGAGCUCUUGCGCCCAGAUGUUCAAACUGGCAAACUAUCAACAGUUAUUGCCUCUGAUGUCUUUGGCUCUAUUCGUUCUCUAGCAGCUUUUCGUUUGACAGGCAGUACCAAGGACUACGCAAUCGUAGGCUCGGAUUCUGGUCGCAUCAUCAUUCUCGACUAUGAUCCGAAGUCGAGCAGUUUCGUGAAGCUGCAUCAAGAAACCUUUGGCAAGUCUGGAGCGCGACGCAUUGUACCCGGACAAUACCUCGCGACGGACCCCAAGGGCCGUAGCGUGAUGAUCUCAUCAGUAGAGAAAGCUAAACUUGUAUACAUCUUGAACCGAGAUGCUGCAGCUAAUCUCACGAUUUCGUCGCCUCUCGAAGCGCACAAGAACAAUGCGAUCAUUCACCAUAUCGUGGGCCUUGACGUGGGCUUUGAGAACCCAUUGUUUGCUGCUCUUGAAGUCGACUACUCUGAGUCUGAUCAAGAUCCUACAGGGGAAACGUUCAACAAUGCGGAGAAGAUGCUGACAUACUACGAACUUGAUUUGGGCCUUAACCACGUCGUUCGAAAAUGGAGCGAAGCUACAGAUCCACGUGCCAAUUUACUGGUUCAAGUCCCCGGUGGCCAAGUCGCAUCCACAGAUCGUUUCGACGGACCGUCUGGUGUUCUUGUUUGCUGUGAAGACCAUAUCAUCUACCGACACAUGGACCGACCGCAACAUCGUGUCCCCAUCCCACGAAGACAACACCCACUCGAAGAUCGUCAGCGAGGCGUCAUCAUCGUUACGGCCGUCAUGCACAAAAUGAAGGGUGCUUUCUUCUUCCUCCUUCAAAGCGAGGAUGGUGACCUCUUUAAGGUCACGAUUGACCAUGAAGAAGACGAAGUUAAGGCAUUAAAAAUCAAGUAUUUUGACACUGUCCCUGUGGCAUCCAGUCUUUGUAUUCUUAAAUCUGGUUUCCUUUUCGUUGCAUCCGAGUUCGGGAAUCAUUAUUUGUACCAGUUCCAGAAAUUGGGUGACGAUGACAAUGAACCUGAGUUUAGCUCGACGUCGUAUCCAGCCACCGGAAUGGCAAAUCCCACCAUUUCUUUACCUCAUGCACACUUCCGGCCACGACCACUGGACAAUCUUGCUCUUGCAGACGAAAUGGAAUCUCUAGACCCGAUAAUAGACUCCAAGGUGAUGAACCUAUUACCAAACUCAGAUACGCCCCAGAUUUUUACCGCCUGUGGACGUGGAGCACGGAGUUCUUUCAGAACACUUCGCCACGGUCUUGACGUCGAAGAAUCCGUCAGUUCAGAGUUGCCGGGUAUUCCCAAUGCGGUUUGGACAACCAAGCGGCGCGAGGACGAUGAGUUUGAUACCUACAUUAUUCUCUCAUUCGUCAAUGGAACUCUUGUCCUUUCCAUCGGAGAAACAAUUGAAGAAGUGCAGGACACCGGUAUCCUGUCAUCAGCGCCCACUCUUGCUGUCCAGCAAAUUGGUGCUGACGCCCUCCUGCAGGUGCAUCCACAUGGCAUUCGUCAUAUCCUUGCGGACCACCGCGUCAAUCAGUGGUCAGCGCCUCAAGGAAAGACUAUCGUCACCGCUACGACAAACAAACGCCAAGUGGUUGUUGCCCUGAGCUCUGCUGAGCUUGUUUACUUCGAACUCGAUCUUGAUGGUCAGCUGAACGAAUAUCAAGAUAGGAAAGCGAUGGGUUCAACUAUCACAGCUCUAAGCAUAGCUGAGGUGCCUGAGGGGCGCCAAAGAACACCCUACCUGGCUGUCGGAUGCGAGGAUCAAACCGUUCGAAUAGUGUCGCUUGACCCAGAGAGUACACUGGAAACCAUUAGUUUGCAGGCGUUGACAGCACCACCGUCAACUAUUUGCAUUGCUGACAUGCUGGAUGCGAGUAUCAACAAGACGCAGCCUACCAUGUUUGUUAACAUUGGUCUCCAAAAUGGCGUUCUCCUGCGAACCGUACUUGAUCCUAUCAACGGGCAGCUAACUGAUACUCGGACUCGGUUCCUCGGGAAUCGGCCAGUCAGACUGGUUCGUGUUCAAAUCCAGGGGAAUCCAGCCAUCCUAGCGCUCUCGUCCAGAUCCUGGUUGAAUUACACGCAUCAAAAUCUCAUGCAUUUCACUCCUUUGAUUUUCGAUAACUUGGACUACGCGUGGAGUUUCUCCGCUGAGCUCAGUCCUGAGGGCCUCAUUGGCAUAGCCGGCAGUGUCCUUCGCAUCUUUCAGAUACCAAAAUUGGGCAUGAAAUUGAAGCAAGAUUCAAUUCCGCUAUCCUUGACCCCUCGAAGGUUUAUAUCACACCCCAAAAAUCGCCACUUUUAUCUUAUUGAGGGCGACCACCGUGUCUUGGGCGAUGAGGCCGCCAACACACGGUUACAGGCGAUGAGGGAAGCAGGACAGCAUGUUGAUCAAGAAAUGCUUGAUCUACCUCCCGAGAUCUUUGGACGGCCGAAAGCGGCAGCAGGGAAUUGGGCAUCCGCAAUCCGCAUUAUCGAUCCUGUUGAGGGCAAGACCGUUGCGGUUAUAACACUAGACAACAACGAGGCAGCCUUCAGCCUUGCUUUCGUACAAUUUGCUGCACGAAACAACGAUCUACAUCUUGUCGUAGGCACUGCGCAGGAUACCUUAUUGUCUCCGCGGUCGUGUACCAGUGGUUUCUUGCGAACGUAUCGUUUCACCGAGGAUGGCGUGGGAUUGGAGCUUCUUCACAAGACAGAGACAGACGAUGUCCCCCUGGCUGUCAUGGGAUUCCAAGGACGUUUGGUUGCUGGGGUUGGAAAGGCUCUUCGGAUAUAUGAGAUUGGUAAGAAGAAGCUCCUACGGAAAGCGGAGAACAAAACAUUUUCUACUGCCAUUGUUACCCUCAACACCCAGGGUUCCCGCAUAAUUGUUGGCGACAUGCAAGAGUCAAUACAUUACGCAGUAUACAAGGCACCAGAGAACCGCCUGCUCAUCUUCGCUGAUGACACUCAACCCAGAUGGAUUGCUGCAGCGACGAUGGUGGAUUACAAUACCGUCGCCGCAAGUGAUCGCUUCGGCAACGUCUUUGUCAACCGCCUUGAUGCAAAGGUCUCUGACCAAGUAGAUGAUGACCCCACAGGUGCUGGUAUCCUCCAUGAGAAGGGCAUAUUGAUGGGUGCCCCUCACAAAACCAACAUGUUGUGUCACUUCCACGUUGGUGAUCUUGUCACCUCGAUACACAAAGUGUCACUUGUUGCUGGUGGUCGUGAGGUGUUGCUCUACACUGGCAUUCACGGAACCAUCGGGAUACUCGUGCCUUUCGUGUCCAAGGAGGAUGUAGAUUUCAUCUCAACGCUGGAGCAACACAUGCGCACGGAGCAGGGCAGUCUUGUAGGCCGGGAUCACUUGAGUUGGAGAGGGUAUUAUGUGCCAGUGAAGGCAGUUGUUGAUGGAGAUUUGUGCGAGACAUAUGCUCGGCUGCCAGGGUCGAAGCAGAGUGCGAUUGCUGGAGAACUUGACCGCUCAGUAGGAGAGGUGCUCAAAAAGCUGGAGCAGUUGCGUGUGACUGCUAGUGGUUUCUAG